AUGAAAAACUUUGGACUUCUAUCAUUAGUAACUGUAUUAAGCUCUUCGCUUUCUAUCUUUGCCCAGCCAAAUUACAAUUGUAUGGGCGAAGUAAUCCCUGGUAUAAAAUUAGAAUCAAUGAUCAAUGGAGAAUACAAUAGCUUGAUACAAAGUGGUAAAAGACAUGAUUCCUUCAACUCUGAUGAGAGAUUUGGGAAAAUACAGAUCGAAUUAGUAGCUCGAAAUCCACCUUAUGAAGGUUGGGAUGUUGUGUUUGAAGCAACAUUUAACAUGCAUAAAAUAAUUACAAAGGCGGAAGCUUCGUCAAGAGGUCACACAGUUCCUUGCUAUCCAGUGACUCGGGUAGACUAA